CUGGCGGUGACGGCGCUGUGCACGGCGCUGGCCGAGCCCGCCUGGCUGCGGCUGCACGGCGGCACCUGCGGCCGCCAGGAGCUGGGCGUGGCCGACGUGCUGGGCUUCGUCAGCCCGAGCUGCUGCGAGAUUUCUGCAUGAACCCGCAGACGGUGCUGCUGCUCCGCGUCAUCGCCGCCUUCUGCUUCCUGGGCAUCGUCUGCAGCCUCGGCGCCUUCCUGCUCGACGUCUUCGGGCCCAAGCACCCGGCGCUGAAAAUCACCCGGCGCUACGCCUUCGCGCACAUCCUCACAGUGCUGCAGUGCGCCACGGUGAUCGGCUUCUGCUACUGGGCCUCGGAGCUGCUCCUGGCGCAGCAGCAGCAGCACAAGAAGUACCACGGCUCGCAGGUGUUCGUCACCUUCGCCGUCAGCUUCUACCUGGUGGCGGGCGCGGGCGGCGCCUCCAUCCUGGCCACGGCGGCCAACCUGCUGCGGCACUACCCCAGCGAGGAGGAGGAGCAGGCGCUGGAGCUGCUCUCGGAGAUGGAGGAGGCCGAAGGCUCCUACGGGCCCGACUACGAGGCGGCGCAGCAGUUCCAGCCGCCGCCCGCCUACACGCCCUGAGCGGGACGGGGACGGCGACGGGGGACGGGGUGGAGUGAUGGACAAACCGGGAACGGCGCCAGGGGGGCAGCGGGAACAUCACCGGAACGGCGCCGGGGGGACGGAGCAAUGGACAA